GAGGGGCGCGGGUUGGAUGAUUCUGCCGUCCGUCUGGUUUCUGCUUUCCUGGCCAUGGAACCUUCUGACUCCUUGAUCUCCCAUGCCAGGGUAUGUGGUGGAGGCUUAAUCACAGAGCAAGUGCAAGAAUUCAUCUGGGAUCACUGCCUGAGCAAAGCUGCUGGAUUUCAUGCUCCAUACUUGAAGAACUCUUUAAAGAAACUUAUCAUUGAAGUUGAAUCGGAGCAUGGCAGUGUAUUGGAUAACUUAUACGAAUUGUAUGCUCACUACAUGACAUCAAUAAAGGACAAUAGUAUGGUCAAAAGCGAUGCAAAAAUCCAGAAAAGAAUCUCAUUUCUUUUUCCUGAUGGUUAUUCUCAACUACAAAGUUGCCCGCGCUCAAGGGUCCUGAUAUUUCCAUUGCAAUGUUCUUUAAAUAUGCUUGAAGGUGAUACCGGGUGCUCAAUAUGGCCAUCAAGUCUAUUUUUGUCUGAGUUAAUACUUUCUUAUCCUGAAUUAUUUUAUAAUAAAUCUUGUUUUGAGAUUGGUUCAGGGGUUGGCUUAGUUGGGAUGUGUCUUGCUCAUGUGAAAGCGUCUAAGGUGAUAUUGAGUGAUGGUGACUUGUCAACUUUAGCUAACAUGAAGUCCAAUUUGGAGUUAAACCACUUGAACGUGGAACUUAAAAUGGCAGAAAGAAACAAAAACCUUAACAUGGUAAAGUGCAUGUAUCUCCCAUGGGAAUCUGCUUCAGAAAGUCAGCUCCAAGAUGCCAUGCCGGACAUUGUUUUGGGUGCAGACGUGAUUUAUGAUCCGGAUUGUCUUCCACAUCUUGUUCGAGUUAUUAGCAUUUUGUUGAGCCACCCGAAAUCAUGUUCUUGCGGACGGGUUGCUAGCUGUGAGGGUGUUGCGCCGAACAAUAAUUAUGAAAACGACGAACUUCAUUAUACGAAUCAACGUAAUUGCGAAGAUCAUGGUGACGGACCUGCCGUUGCAGGAACGGUAACUGAUAAUGAUGGUGGUGGUGAGGGGCCGAAGGAGGCUCCGACGGCUUAUAUAGCUUGUGCUAUACGCAAUGUUGAAACGUUUAACUAUUUUCUUUCUCUGGCGGAUCAGACCAAACUUGAUAUCGCGGACUUAACUGAUACGCUGAAGCCAGUAAAUCUUCUCCCUUACAUGCAUUCAUACAACCAAGCUACCAUUAGACUGUUACGGAUUACUUACAGUCCCUGCCCAAAUUUCUGGGAUGUCCGAUUCUGGUACUGGUCUAUUUUGGGUAUUUGUAACUCUUCACAGCAUCACUUAGUCCGUGCUUGGCUUGCCAAGAGGGAUGAUAUGGAAGUGCUUGAUGAGCCCCUUUAUGCAAAUUUCCUAAGAGUAACAGGUCUCAACAGACCUUACGGGGAAGAGCUAUUGUCCAAAAUGGAAUCUGAUGGAAAUAAAGUUAUAAAGAACAUCAUUUAUGGUCCAGGAAGCAGGAAGUAUAAAUACUGUAAGCAUAUUGCAAAGCAACGGGUACAAGGCUUGACAGAUGAUCUGCUGAACAAAGGAAAGCACUUUAUUCUGAUAAGAAAUCCUCUUGACAUUUUGCCAUCCUUUGACAAAGUUGUGCCUCCAUCAUUUUUUGAGUUGGGUUUGGCAGAACUUGUUUGUAUAUACAAUGAUCUUCGUGAAAGGGGAAAACCACCACCUGUCAUUGAUGCUGCAGAACUUCAAGAAGAUCCUGAGGCUACGCUGCGUGGUCUUUGUGAUGAUUUGGACAUUCCUUUCCAACCUGACAUGUUGAAGUGGGAAGCAGGUCCAAAACCAAUAGAUGGCUUGUGGGCCCCUUGGUGGUAUAAGACUGUACAGAAGUCUACUGGUUUUAAGCCAGCAAGGAAGUAUCCUCAGCCAUUUCCCUUUUCUUUCUACGAUUUGCUGGAGCAAAGUCUACCCCUCUACAAUAUGCUUCGACGCCAUGUGAAGAAGAAGUCAUCCCUCCUGAGCCCUCCUUUCCCUCCACCUGAUCUUCCAGUUCCUGCAAAUGAGAAACUUCUUGCUUGGGUUGGUGAUGAGAUUGUGCCACGUGAGAGUGCAAAGGUCUCUGUUUUUGAUUCAGUUGUUCAAGGCGGCGAUUCAGUUUGGGAGGGUCUUCGGGUGUACAAUGGAAAGAUUUUUAAGCUUGAGGAACAUCUAGACAGGAUGUUUGAUUCAGCAAAAGCUUUGGCUUUUGAAAAUGUUCCAACCCGAGAUGAGAUUAAGGAAGCAAUCUUCAGAACACUAAUUAGGAAUGGGAUGUUUGACAACUCGCACAUUCGGCUUUCUCUGACAAGAGGAAAAAAGGUUACAUCUGGAAUGAGCCCAGCAUUCAAUCGUUAUGGAUGCACAUUAAUUGUGCUUGCUGAAUGGAAGCCCCCUGUUUAUGAUAAUACCCAUGGUAUAGUACUAGUGACUGCUACAACUCGUCGAAAUUCACCAAAUAAUCUAGAUUCAAAGAUUCAUCACAAUAACCUCCUUAAUAACAUACUUGCGAAGAUUGAAGGGAAUAAUGCAAAUGCAAAUGAUGCAAUCAUGCUCGACAAAGAUGGUUAUGUGUCUGAAACCAAUGCAACUAACAUUUUCAUAGUUAAAAAGGGCCGUGUUUUGACACCACAUGCUGAUUACUGUCUGCCUGGUGUUACACGAGCAACUGUGAUGGACCUUGUAGUGAUGCAGGAGUUAGUAUUGGAGGAGAGGAGAAUUAGUCUAUCUGAAGUUCAUACCGCAGAUGAGAUAUGGACAACAGGAACAAUGGGAGAACUCAGCCCAGUUGUGAAGGUUGAUGGUCGCAUAAUUGGCAAUGGAGAAGUGGGGCCAGUGACUAAGAGAUUGCAGGGUGCUUACAAAAAGUUGACUGAGCAGUCCGGUGUACCUAUACCCACCUACCUCCACAGUUGAAAGCUACACUUCAUUUUUCCCCUGCAAGUCUUCUCUUCCAGCCUGCUUCUGUUAAAGACUGCAAGUUGCUGCUAUGCCAUUUCGUGUAAGUAAGUAACUAUGACCUUAAAUUUCUGUCAUCAAAGAAUAGAUGUAUGUUCUUUCUCGUGAACAAUGACAGCGCUGUGUUCAAUCACAGUGGACUGGACCUUUCUCCCCUCAAUAAAAGGCCCUGUGGGUAUCUUCUUUUUCCUCA